CGUUAGCUUAGAAGAAAAUUUCAUUUAAUAAUAUUUAACAAAGUCGGUGUUUUAAAGACGUUCCGUAAUCAUUUUGUAAUGUCGUCGGAGUGGUGUACAUGUUUUGAUGACACAACAUCCGAGCAAAACCCAUGUAAUUGCAUUGAAAAACCACAGGAAUGCGUUUGCGUAGAACCCCCUAAGGCGUCGGCUGCGGCGGCGGCGGCGGAUGCAGCUGAAGAAAGCAUCCGUUUCGAAAUAGAUGAGGAAAGUUAUGGUCGCGUCUUUGGCGUUUCCGGUCCCGUUGUUACCGCUGAGAAUAUGGCUGGCUCUGCCAUGUACGAAUUGGUGCGUGUCGGUUACUUUGAACUUGUGGGCGAAAUCAUUCGACUUGAAGGAGAUAUGGCCACAAUUCAAGUGUAUGAAGAAACUUCUGGUGUCACUGUUGGUGACCCUGUAUUGAAGACGGGCAAGCCCCUUUCGGUGGAAUUGGGUCCAGGUAUAAUGGGGAGUAUCUUCGAUGGAAUACAACGUCCGCUACGUAGCAUAAACGAACUCACAAACUCCAUUUAUAUACCGAAAGGCAUAAAUGUUAAGAGUUUAUCGCGUGACAUAGGCUGGCAGUUCGAGCCAGGAAAGAUUUCCGAGGGAUCGCAUGUUACUGGUGGUGAUAUUCUUGGAGUCGUACAAGAAAACACCCUGGUGAAACAUAAGAUACUUUUGAAUCCACGUGAAAAAGGUACUGUGCUAUUUAUAGCACCCCCUGGUCAAUACACUGUGGAAGAUAUUGUACUAGAAACGGAAUUCGAUGAUAUUGUAACCGAGCACACCAUGUUACAAGUAUGGCCCGUGCGUCAACCUCGUCCUGUUGUUGAAAAGCUGCCAGCCAAUCAUCCAUUGUUAACCGGACAACGUGUAUUGGACUCGCUGUUCCCAUGCGUCUUGGGUGGCACCACUGCCAUACCGGGGGCGUUUGGAUGUGGCAAAACCGUUAUUUCGCAGGCAUUAUCCAAAUACUCCAACUCUGACGUCAUUGUUUAUGUUGGUUGUGGCGAGCGUGGCAACGAGAUGUCUGAAGUAUUGCGCGAUUUCCCCGAAUUGUCUGUUGAAAUUGACGGUGUCACCGAGUCCAUCAUGAAGCGUACCACUCUGGUGGCCAACACCUCCAACAUGCCUGUCGCUGCUCGUGAAGCCUCCAUUUACACCGGUAUCACACUAUCCGAAUACUUCCGUGAUAUGGGUUACAACGUAUCUAUGAUGGCUGAUUCCACCUCCCGUUGGGCCGAAGCUCUUCGUGAAAUUUCUGGUCGUUUGGCUGAAAUGCCUGCCGAUUCUGGUUACCCCGCCUACUUGGGUGCUCGUCUCGCCUCCUUCUACGAACGUGCUGGUCGUGUCAAAGCUUUGGGUAACCCCGAACGUGAGGGCUCCGUUUCUAUUGUCGGUGCUGUAUCGCCACCCGGUGGUGAUUUCUCCGAUCCGGUUACCUCUGCCACGCUGAGUAUUGUACAGGUGUUCUGGGGCUUGGACAAGAAGUUGGCACAACGCAAGCACUUUCCGUCAGUGAAUUGGUUAAUCUCAUACUCGAAAUAUAUGCGUGCGCUAGACGAAUAUUACGAGGAAAAUUUUCCUGAGUUUGUUGCUUUACGCGUAAAGGUAAAGGAGAUAUUGCAGGAGGAGGAGGAUUUGUCGGAAAUCGUCCAGCUGGUAGGCAAAGCAUCACUGGCCGAAACGGACAAAGUGACACUGGAGGUGGCAAAGCUAAUUAAAGACGAUUUCCUGCAACAGAAUUCAUAUUCAGAAUAUGACCGUUUUUGCCCUUUCUACAAGACGGUGGGCAUGCUGCACAAUAUAAUCACUUUCUACGACCAGUCGCGCAAUGCAAUCGAAAUAACAGCAUCGGAUGAGAAUCGGGUUACAUGGACCGAAAUACGUCAGGAAAUGGGAAAUAUACUGUACGAGCUGUCGUCAAUGAAAUUUAAGGACGCACACAAAGAUGGUGAACGCAGAAUUAGGCGUGAAUAUAAAAAAUUGAACGAUGAAAUAAAUUUGGCAUUUAACCGGCUAUUGGAAUGAAUUGAUUCAGUAGACCUCGUUAAAUUUACUGCAUUACAUGUUUUAAUUUUUAUCAAUUAUUUAUUGUUCCAUCUACUAAUUUCAAAUAGCGUUUGAUUAUAAAUUUAUUUGCAAUCAAAAUACACGCAAAACCUUCUGACGGCGUU